AUGAUUACGAGUCUACUAUUAGGUGUUGUGUUGCUGUUACCCGAUACCUAUGCUUUGUACGACUCAAAAUCUGAAGUGGUGGAUUUGACUGAAUCAAACUUUGAUAAACUUGUGACCCAAAGUGAUCAUGUUUGGGUUGUGGAGUUUUACGCCCCUUGGUGUGGACAUUGUCAGCAGUUUGUGGGUGAAUACUCCAAAGCUGCAAAAGCACUUAAGGGUGUGGUGAAAGUCGGAGCUGUGAACGCUGACGAUCUAGGAGGGAGGUUCGGUGUCAGGGGGUUCCCAACAGUUAAAAUAUUUGGAGCCAACAAAAACAAACCCGAGGACUACAGUGGUGCGAGAACUGCUUAA